AGCCAUCUGUAACUCGGUGAGUUUUAAUCGUUGGCCAUCCGCAUCUCUGCGGUCUUCAUCUGGUAUUGUCGCUUCGUGGUGAGGAGGCCUGCCCUUCCGAGCACUCGCCUUGGUGGGCUCUGUCCUUGUCGGUCGGCUGGAGCACGUACAGGAACAGAACGAAGCGGCCCAGCCGAUGAUGGAGGUUUGCUUCCCAGGGCCACUUGGCCGCCCUACGGAGGCCGCCUGGUGUCUCUCAGCGUUGCUGACAGCUUGUUUGAGGCCUGGGAGUGAAGGUCGCCGUUUCGGGUCUAGGCAGCGCGGGCUUGUAGGGACUGUGAAGCCACCAGAAGUUUCCAGUCCGAGGGCAGGAGUAUUCCAGUUUUGGUCAGCGUUGUGUUUCCGCGUGUAUUUUGUUCACGCCGACCGACGCUCCCUCCUCUGCGGUUCUGGUCUUGGGGUUGCUGCUGCGGCCAGACCGCCAAAACAAAACAAUCGAUUGCUGCUAGUCGAUCGGUUCAGUUAACGAAGGAUCUCUGAGAAUAUAAAACUGCGUCCUUGUCUGCGAGGAAAUAAUGUUUCGGGUGGAGGCAUCAUGGCUGCCCUCAGACCUCUGGUGAAGCCCAAGAUCGUUAAAAAGAGGACCAAGAAGUUCAUCCGGCACCAAUCAGACCGAUAUGUCAAAAUUAAGCGCAACUGGCGGAAACCCAGAGGCAUUGACAAUAGGGUGCGCAGAAGAUUCAAGGGCCAGAUUUUGAUGCCCAACAUUGGUUACGGGAGCAACAAGAAAACAAAGCACAUGCUGCCCAGUGGCUUCCGGAAGUUCCUAGUCCACAAUGUCAAGGAGCUUGAGGUGCUGCUGAUGUGCAACAAAUCUUACUGUGCAGAGAUUGCUCACAAUGUCUCCUCCAAGAACCGUAAAGCCAUUGUGGAAAGAGCAGCCCAGCUGGCCAUCAGAGUCACGAAUCCCAAUGCCAGACUGCGCAGCGAAGAAAAUGAAUAGACAGUUUAUGUGCACAUCAUAUUUGUGUUAAUAAAACCAUAAAACUAC